GGGAGUGGUGAGGAAGGGAGUGCUCAAGAGAGUAGUAGCAUGGGUAGUACUGGUAGGCACCAGCUUAGCAACAAACAAUACGGUAGCAAAGGUAAGAGCACCAGCCCUAGUACCAGUACCACCACACCGUACUCAAAUUAUUACGCCAACGAUAAGGAACUGCUCAACCUACUGCACACCCUCCGAUCAAUUCACCAGCAGUUCUACGCCAAUCCGAACCAAUCUGCCAAAUCGAUCAUAACGGCCCAGAACAAGAAAAUAUUCAAAAACAAAACAUUUAUGGUAGAUCGGUGCAUACCGGACAGGUACAACGUACAAAGCAUCAUAAGAAUGCACGGUGGUGUUGUUGGUGAGGAUGGAUGUGAUGUGAUUGUUGGUGAUGAAGGGAUGGUUAGAUGGGUGAUGGAGUGUGUGUGGAGGAGGAGAUGGAUUGAUUGUGUGGGAUGGAUGAAGGGACUGGAUGAGUGGGUGGAUGAGGUGGAGAAGCAGUUGUAG